AUGGGCAGUUGCUUAAGAAAAUCUUGUGCUCAAGCAGCUGUCUGCAACCACCUAGAAGUUAUAUUACGGGUUGUGAGAACUGAUGGAGAGAGUUUAGAGUACACGAGGCCUAUGCUUGUUAAGGAUGUCUUGAUGAGCUUCUCUGGUUAUGGUAUUGGCCUGUCGGAAAGACCAUUGAAGCACCUUCCUAUGAAUUAUGAGUUGAAGGUGGGGCAUGUUUAUUAUCUUCUCCCGCUGUCUAGUACUCCGGCUGCUUGUCCAGUAGACAUGGAUGGCAGAGGCACAAGCUAUACAAAGAGAAUGAAAGUGGUUAUAACAAAGAAGCAGCUUCAGGAAUUGCUGUCCAAGAAGAUAUCACCGGAGGAGAUGCUGUUUGGAGUUCAGAAAGGGGCAUGGUGUGGUGCUGUUGGUUCUAUGUCAAGGUGGAGACCAGUGCUGCAGACCAUCCAUGAAGGAAAUAAUUUGGACAAGCAAUUGAGAAAAUGCUUUAAUAAAACCCAUUUGUCCAAAUAGGUGCCUAGACUACCCCAACACGUGCUUGGAUUCCUCGAACAUCUGUUCGAGUAGAUGAGUCCAUCAGAACAGAAGCAAGCAUGCUCAUCCACUUACAGGAAAAUGUGAGUUCACAUCUAAUAAUUCAGACAAAAAAAAAAUUAGAGAGAAUCCAAAUCCCUCUUUUAGCGGGAUGUGGAAGGCCAGGCAGCAAUCCAUUGAUCCAGGAGGUCCACAAGAUGGAAGGAAACACAAGCAUUUAAGAAAAAGCUUGUGUACUUGUAAUGCUGACAGCUACCUUACUGUAACAAAGCAGUUGUUGCAGAUUGGAAGGAGCCAUCACUCAUCAGCCAUGACAUGUCCUAAUGGUACACGAAAAAGCAACUUCAAGGAAGGAAGUGCGACCAACGGCCCUCCCAGGAUUGCCGUGGUGUCCCACUCAUUUUUGGUUGUUUCUAGAACUGCUACUUUAUGGAGAUGUUAAUUUCCUUUUUUAUUUCUUUUGAAGAUGCUAAUUAACCUAACCAAAGAUAAAAUAAAAGAAUUGAUAGCCACUUGUCUGCAAAAGUGGCAAAUUGUCCAUGCCCCACUUUGACAAAGAUUCACAAACUAUGAGUUAAAUACUAGUCAUCAAAAUGCCGUCCACACAAUUACAUGUGUCCGUUGCACCAAGCCAGCAACAAGCGUCCACUUUGUCAUCUAGUAUUUAAUUUGAGAGACUCGUUGAUAUUAUUGGAUUACAAACGGAUACAAACACAAUGAGAAAUAUGUAUGGAGUAUUUAUUUAUAAAUGCUA